UUUCUGGUCUAAGAAAAUCGUAAGGUUCCUCCACGUCGACAAACGCAGACGCAGAGAGAUAGAGAGAGACACCCAGAGAGAGCUCGAGUCUCUUACAUGGCGGCCACAGCUCGAGCUUUCAUUCUCUCUCGUAUAUCUGAUUUAUCCUACAAACCUCAGCCGAAACCUCCGCCACCAGCUCUCUUGUCCCGCCACAACUUCUUUCAACGCCGUUCCUCUUCUUUUUCCUCCUCCGCAGUCGCCACCGUUAGUUGUCUCAGUAGCGGCGGAGAAGUUUCCGAUGACUUCGUUUCAACUCGUAAGUCUAAUUUUGACCGUGGUUUCUCUGUAAUCGCUAAUAUGCUUAAACGAAUCGAGCCUCUCGAUACUUCCGUUAUCUCCAAAGGAGUUUCUGAUUCUGCUAAGGAUUCGAUGAAGCAGACUAUCUCAACAAUGCUAGGAUUGCUUCCAUCUGAUCAAUUCUCUGUUAAUAUUAGGGUUUCGAAGCAUCCUCUCGAUCGUCUACUCAUUUCCGCGAUUAUUACGGGGUACACGUUGUGGAAUGCUGAGUAUAGAAUAUCGCUAAUGAGGAAUUUGGAUAUCUCUGUGGAGACUUCGAAGAAAUCGAAUUGCCAAAAAGAGAAAGAGGAAUUAAGAGAGGUGAGUGAAGAUAACGAGAGCGGAGUUGGUGAGAUUGGCAUCCAAGAUUUAGAGAUUAGUCCUCAGGUUUUUGGUGAUCUGUCACCGGAGGCUUUAAGUUACAUUCAAAAGUUGCAGUCAGAGUUAUCUAGUAUGGAGCGGGAACUCAAUGACUGGAAGAAAGAAACCAUGCAAAUAGAAUGUAAUAGAGGAAGUAGGAACGAUUUGUUAGAGUAUCUGCGUUCAUUGGAUCCUGAAAUGGUAUCAGAAUUAUCUCGACCAUCAUCUGUAGAAGUGGGGGAUAUUAUUCACCAGCUUGUUCAGAACAUAUUAAGAAGAUUUUUCAAAGAUGAUCCUUCUAAUUUCAUGGACGAUUCAGCUGUUACAAAUCCAGAAAGUCACAAAGAUGGUGAAUUUUGUGACACCAUGGGCACUUCUCGUGAUUACCUAGCAAAGCUGCUUUUCUGGUGUAUGUUACUAGGGCAUCACUUGAGAGGGUUGGAGAACAGGUUGCAUCUAAGCUGUGUUGUGGGAUUGUUGUAAAGAAAAGGAAAUGGAGGAGGAGGCAUGUACAUUCCUUUCUUUUUGUUUAUUUUAUGUACCUAUUGCUUUUCAACUGUAAACAAUAGAUACACCCCACUUCUUGAUUCCUUCUGUUCUCAAUCUUCUAUGCUGUCUCAAAAGGGCAAAGGCAAUAUAAUGUCCAUUUCAUCCUUCUGAAUAAUAUAUAUAGUCUCAAACUAGCAACCUUUACAUUUUGCUGUACUUACUGAAAGUUAUAUGAGCCUACCUACGCCAUCAGUGAUGAAGCUAUAGCUUCAAAAACCACCUUGUUCCUGUGCAGAAGCUUGCUUUGCACGACUCAUUUUUAUGCACCGUCACCAAUUAAAUUGCAAGGCUUGCAUCUAGGCUUGACGUGGCUUUUUAUUUUAUUUUAUUUCAUUUUAUUU